AUGGUCUCCCAGCUUAGGUUCCGCCAUUUGGUUUCUCUAAUUGGUUACUGUAAUGAGAAUAAUGAGAUGAUCCUGGUGUAUGAUUAUAUGGCUCGGGGGACGCUUCGUGAUCAUCUCUACAGAGCUGAUAAUCCUCCACUUUCAUGGACUCAACGCCUAGAGAUUUGCAUCGGUGCUGCCCGUGGGUUGCAUUACCUUCACACAGGUGCCAAGCACACUGUCAUUCAUCGUGAUGUGAAGACAACAAAUAUCUUGCUGGAUGAGAAAUGGGUGGCCAAAGUUUCGGAUUUCGGAUUGUCCAAAACAGGCCCUACGAGCACAUCGAAGGGCCACGUGAGCACCGUUGUGAAAGGUAGGGUAGGGUACUUGGAUCCCGAAUAUUGUCAACGCCAGCAAUUGACAGAAAAAUCUGAUGUCUAUUCAUUUGGGGUUGUGUUGUUCGAGGUAUUGUGUGCUAGACCAGCAAUAAACCGAUCAGCAGUGCCAGCAAGUCUAGCAGAGUUGGCUAGACAAAACCACAGCAACGGAACGAUUAAUGAAAUCAUUGAUCCGUAUCUGGAUGGAAAGAUCUCACCAGAUUGUCUGAAAAACUUUGUUGAUGUUGCAGUGAGAUGCUUGCUCGAGAAUGGAAUCGAAAGGCCAUCGAUGACCGAUGUGGUUUGGGGCCUUGAGUUUGCAUUACAACUGCAUGAGAGAGUGGAAGAGUAUGUCAAAGUGGCUCAAACUGAGAAAGAAGUUAACAUGGAGACUCCUCUGAAAGGCUCCUCAAUCGAUGACAGCAGUGAUUUGCUUAGUACUGGCAGUGAACUAGUUGUGAAUUCCCGCAUUUUGGAGAUGGCAACAACAAGCAGCAGCGACGAACAAAGUUUUCUAAGCAACGAGUCCGAGAAAAUGAUGUCUGGUGCUGUGUUCUCUGAGAUCAUGAACCCAAAGGGGCGAUGA